AUGCCUGGAGAAGUUGUAACCUUGCAAUCGGGCCAAUGUGGAAACCAAGUUGGACUUCAAUACUGGAGCCAACUUGUAGCAGAACAUGGCCUUUUGCCUGAUGGAACACCACAACCAUAUGAAAACUCUGACCUCUCCUUCCAGAGUAAUGACUCCAGAUAUGGAUCUGAUGAUACUUUAAAAAGCCACAGAACAGAUAAUCCCAAUGCAUUUUUCAGUGUUAGUGACCACAACAAAUAUACUCCCAGAUCUAUACUUAUAGACUUGGAGCCGUCUGUGAUUCAAAAAGCAACCAAUACAUUGCCCAUGUUCAACCCUCGAAAUGUUCAUUUGAGUGAAAACGGAACUGGUGCUGCAAACAACUGGCAGCAUGGCUACUCCUAUGGUAGAAAUCAUGAAGAAGAGCUUCUAAAUUUAAUUGAUCGUGAAGUUGACAAGUGUGAUAACCUCUCUGCAUUUCAAUUGUUUCACAGUGUAGCUGGAGGAACAGGUUCGGGGGUUGGCAGUUUGCUUCUACAGUUACUCAAUGACAGAUACGGCAGUAAGAAGGUAAUAAGUACCUUCCUGAUUUUUCCAUCCAAUGAGAAAACAUCCGAUGUGGUGGUUCAACCGUACAACACGGUUUUGACCCUCAAACGUCUUAUCGAGUAUAGUGAUGCUUCAUUUGUUUUUGAUAACGACUCUUUGAAUGCUUUAGAGUCAAUAAUGUUGGGUGGAACGGGAGAACGUGGACUAUCAUCAACCAUGGCUUUUGAAGGUACAAAUAAGUUGAUUGCCUCUAUUGUGGCGGGUGUAACCAAUACUGUGCGGUUCCCAAGUUACAUGUACAGCUCAUACGAGUCGAUUGUGUCUAGUUUGGUACCUACGCCGACGCUCAAGUUUCUUUCUUCUUCGAUCGCUCCAUACUCUUACAUUCCCGGUGUCCCUCAGCGUGCAAACUAUGUCAGCUUAAAUGAGUACGAUAUCAUCUUGGAGUUGCUCAAUGAUAAGUAUAAGAUGAACUAUGUACGUGAGACUCCAAACUACAUAUCAGUCCUUGACUAUGUGGUGGGCAACCUGUUGAACCAGCAAGAUAUCCGAAAGGGAGUCAUACGAGCACAGCAGCGAUUACAAUUCGUCCCCUGGACUUCGCUGUCAAUCCAUGUAGUCAAUGGACGCCAGCUGCCAUUUGUUCCACACAAGGGCUUGAGCGGCUACCAGGUCUCCAACAAUACCUCCAUUAUUGCUAUGUUCACAAAGAUCGUGAAGCAGUACGAUCUUCUAGCCAAACGGUCCGCAUACAUCAACUUCUACACAGAAACAAAUGACCCAUCUGAACGUUUACAAGUGUUGGACUCCUUUAAUGAAUGUAAGGAGAGUGUUCUUAGUGUCAUUGACGAGUAUAAGGCAUGUGGAUUAAUGAACUACCUUGAAGACGAUAUUCUAGAUGAGGACAUGAUGUCAUAA